GGUCGGGGUCGCGGCUGGGGCGCGCGCUGGGCGGGCCCGAAGCACUGCACCGAAGCGAGGCACCGCCCCGCCGCGCUCUCGCUGCGCGCCGCGCCGGGCCGGCCCGCGUCAUGGGCGGCCUCUUCGGGCCAGCAGCGGCUGCGGGCGCUGCUGUGCGGGCCGCGGCCUCCGGGCCGCGUCAGCUGGUGCGCCCCAGCUCGGGAGGGCCCUCCUGGACCCAGGAGCGCACCCUGGUUGCAGUGAAGCCAGAUGGGGUACAGCGGCGGCUCAUCGGAGCUGUGAUCCAGCGCUUUGAGAGGCGGGGCUUCAAGCUGGUUGGCAUGAAGAUGCUGCAGGUAUCAGACCCCCCUUGUGAGAUCCUUGCUGAGCACUACCAGGACCUACAGAGGAAGCCCUUCUACCCAGCCCUCAUCAGCUACAUGAGCUCUGGGCCCGUGGUGGCAAUGGUCUGGGAAGGGUACAAUGUGGUCCGUGCCUCCAGGGCCAUGAUAGGACACACGGACUCCACUGAGGCUGCCCCUGGGACCAUUCGGGGGGACUUCAGCAUCCACAUCAGCAGGAACAUCAUACACGCCAGUGACUCAGUGGAAGGGGCCCAGAGAGAGAUCCAGCUGUGGUUCCAGAGCAACGAGCUGGUGAACUGGGCAGAUGUGGGCCACCACAGCAGCAGCUACCAAGCCUAAGGGUUUGUGCUGCCCUCAGUGCCCCAGCAACCACCCAGGACCAAGUACUUGAGUCAGCAACUCAAGCCACACCCAUCCUGUCUCCCCCAAACCACUUUUUUUUUUUUUUUCACUUUCUACCCACCCCAGCCCAGGGAGAAGUUGAGGCUGACAUUACGUGCCUUUCUGUGUCCUAAGUCAGCACAAGAUUGGACCAAAUCCUUUGUACCCAAAGUGCAGGCAACCUUUGGGCAUCUUCAGGGGUGACCUUACCUGCCCAAAGGAGACACAUUAAAAUCCACUGCUUAUAAUGGGGGUGGUGUGCUCAUUUUGACCUUCCGCCAUCUCUGAGACAGCAAUGAUGCUAUUAUGAAGUAGUAACAGAAAAAUAUUGAAGCUUGCUGCCUUGCACACACAGGAGGGGAUCCCUGACCAUGGAUGAUUGUAUGAACCAGACAGAGUCUAGAGCCCUCCAGACUGAAAUGUUGGAAAUUCUACUUAACCCUGCCUGAUUCUGCUAGAGAGUGGCAGGGAGGACAGGUGGGGACUGAGACCACACAGGGCACAAUGCGCCUGUGAUCCAUCGUCCUCCCCACUUGGUGGCCUGAUGUCAUUCGACACCACGAGCUG